ACGACGCACAGCCCUCAGCAGGUGGACGUGACGUCACGCCCCAACAGCUACUCUGCUCUCAAACUCACCUCAAAAACUCGGGUUUGACACGGCUCACACACUAAAUCUACCCAGUUAAUCGUGUUUAUCGUGUAUAAUUCGACGCUCGCUGUAAACGGUACGGGACCGUACCAUUACGUGCAAAACCCAGUCGCGUGGUGCGUGAAGUAGUCCCUGGGACGCGCACUGCGGAAGAAUACACUUGUUUACAUUGUGCAGCACGCGGCGGUGUGGCAGCCAGCGCGCGGGUGCGCGAGCUUCAUGGGAGACCGACACACUGCGCUUUCCAGCUCGCAAAAGUUCGUUCCAGGGUCGCUGUUAAAGUUUUCAUUUCUGUCCGUUGAGAAACCACUUCAUCCCCGGUUGUCAUAUCGACAUGCAGGAGUCCAAGACCGAUCAAACAACCAAUAGCAGUCCAGCUGGGCAGGAAGGUCAGAGCUCAGAGAGCGAGAAGAGAGUAACCAGAGAAACAUCUUCAUCCCCGUCAGCCACAGCCCAAACCCUUCAAACACAGGUGCUACAAGUUGCUCAACAACAACAACAUCAGCAGCAGCAACAGCAACCGAGUGGUGAGAAGUCCCCCAAGAGCACAGAAAAAGAGGCAGACGCACAGGUGGCUGUAUCAGUGGGGAUGAUAACUCCUCAGGCCAUCACCCCUCAGCAGAUGCAGCAGAUCCUUCAGCAGCAGGUUCUGAGCCCCCAGCAGCUCCAACUGUUACUGCAGCAACAACAGGCCCUCAUGUUACAGCAGCAACAGCUUCAGGAGUUCUAUAAGAAACAGCAAGAGGAACUCCACCUGCAGCUCCUGCAGCAACAGCAUGCUGGGAAACCCAGUAAAGAGAUGAUGGGCCAGCAGAUGGCUAUACAGCAGCAGUUACUCUCCGUUCAACAGCAGCACCUGCUCAACCUGCAAAGACAGGGCCUGUUGUCUAUCCCGUCGGCUCUCACCGGUACACUGGCCCAAGGCUUGAUCCCUGCCGAGAUUCAGCAGCUGUGGAAAGAGACGGCAGAUGCACGACAAGAGGAGAAGAGUAGAGGAGACAAAUCCCCUUCUCCUCCCAAAACUCAGAUCCUCAACCACCACUCCAGCACUAAUGGACACCAUGUGCACCGGCCCAGCCGGAGAGACAGUUCUCAAGAGAGUCAUUCCCAGAGCGCCCAUCCUUUAUACAGCCACGGCGUAUGCAAGUGGCCGGGCUGCGAUGCUGUGUUUGGAGACUUCCAGUCAUUCCUCAAGCAUUUGAACAGUGAACAUGCUCUGGAUGACAAGAGCACAGCGCAGUGCAGAGUUCAGAUGCAGGUGGUUCAGCAGCUGGAACUGCAGCUCGCCAAAGACAAAGAACGCCUUCAGGCCAUGAUGGCCCACCUUCAUGUCAAGUCUACUGAGCCCAGACCUGCCCCUCAGCCAGUGAAUCUGGUGUCUAACCUCACGCUUGCCAAGGCAACCAUUCCCAAAACCACUCCCUCUAUGAGUCUUUCCCAGAGUGCCACAGCCCCGUCUACACCCCUCACAUCACUCCCCCAGAUGCCCUCCGUCAUCAUACCCACCAGCCUGCACAGCAUGGGACCCAUCCGCAAACGCUACUCUGACAAAUACAACGUAGUCAUGGACCAAGAUAUUGUGCAGAAUAAGGAGUUCUACCUGAGUGCUGAGGUCAGGCCUCCAUUUACAUAUGCAGCUUUGAUCAGGCAGGCCAUUUUGGAGUCUCCUGAAAAGCAGCUAACACUAAAUGAAAUCUACAACUGGUUCACUCGAACAUUCGCAUAUUUCAGACGCAAUGCAGCAACGUGGAAGAAUGCAGUUCGCCACAACCUCAGUCUUCACAAGUGUUUCGUACGAGUCGAGAAUGUGAAGGGGGCCGUUUGGACUGUGGACGAGCUGGAGUUUCAGAAAAGAAGGCCUCAGAAGAUCACUGGAUCACCUCUGGUGAAGAACAUCCAGUCCAGUCUGGGUCAGAAUCCCACCCUGUCUUCUCUGCAGGCAGCGAUGGUGGACAGCAGUCUGCCCCUGUAUGGCUCAGCGUCCAUGGGAGUGGCGAGUCUGAAGGCUCUGGCCGGCGCGCUGCAUGAGGACAUGAGUUCUCACGAUCAUGACGAGGGCUCCCACAGUGACUCCAGCCUGGAGCUCUCUCCUGUGCCCACACUGCAUCAGUCUCAAAUCAAAGAGGAGCAGAUGGAGGCCGAGGACUACAAUGGCUCCAUGUCUCCAGAGACAGAAGACCAGCACAGUCCAGACACCAACCACCACGAGCACGACUCGGCCUGCCAGCCAGGGUUCUCCUCGUCACCUCACUCAUUCCACUGCUGAGAUCCUCGCCCAACCGUCGGCCCUCCUCCAUCAGACUCACAAACCUGACAGCUGCAACUUUUCCUUUUGAGAACAACCAUUUAUUUAUUGUUUCGAUGUACCUGUUUCUGUUGUAUGCAGUGGUUUGACCUCACUGGUACUAAAGGGCUCCUCUGUGUUUGAAAAGGUCGCCCAUCAGCUUGCAGAGGACAAAAGAGGGCGCUGUAGACUACAUGUCAUCUUCGGUUUGUAGAUUAAACACUACGGCACCUGAACUCCAUCAACCGCUUACCUGAAAGGGAAGAUGGUUUCCCUGUCAACUGAGGAAAAUGAAUUUUUAAGCUGUCUAUGAUGAGAUAUUUAGCUUUCCGCAAAAUCUAUUCACUGCAGCUGUGAAUGCUGAAUGAAAAGCGCUUUGUUGUUGAUGCAAGUUUGAAUCACCUCUGCCUCAAAUACUGUAGGGUUAGACGCCAUCAGGGCCGUCGCUUAAGUUCACGGGGCGCUGAUGAUAUUUCGAUGGGCGGCCCAGUGAGGCUGUAACAUAGAGGACCUGACGACGGCCCCGGUAACGUGUGGCCUUAAAUUUCGGGCUGCUUAUUGGUAGAAUGGAAAACGAAAUUGUGAAUGUCUUUAUCUUUUUUACCUCUGUUUUUUCAAGAUAAAAACAAAACCAAAGGGGAACGUUUUAUAACCAGCACUUGAUGAUGAAUGUUUUUUCAAUUGUAGUUUUUUGAUUUGUUUUUCACUUAGUGUGUACAGAAGGUUACUGUAUUUUCAUUAUCCAAAACAUUUUUGCAAAGGAAAUUCACAACGGUCCCAAUCAUUCGGUUUCUAGUAAAGCUGAACCAAACGUUUUUUGUUUUUUUUUGACGAGUUUUUCACUGUUGUAGAAAGAAUCAACAGUUACCAAAGAUUGUGAAAGAUGUUUUAAUGUUGUGUGCCCUGUUUACAUUGUCCCUUUUGAUAUGGCCAAGACUAAGUCUUCACUCGAUGAGUAUAGGAUGCGUUUAAUGUCAAACUCAUGACAUUUUGAGCAUUUUGUAACUAAUCAUUUGAUCUGACAACUAGUAAUUGUACCACAGAAAAAAGUAGAUGACAAGGAAAUAAUGCAUAAAUGUUGACUGAGUAACUUGUUACACAUGUCCAAAAGAAAUAGAUGACAUCUGUUUCAAAUCAACAAUGUCAGUUUGUUCAAUACUUCUGAAUAAAUGGCCUUAUGAUUAAUAAAUUCUUGUAUGAAAAUGUGAAAAAAUUA